UUUGUUUGUUUUGGGGUCCUUCCUUUUAGCUAGGCGCCAGUAGCGCUUGUAGCUGGCUAGUUUCCCUGUAUGAUUGAAUUAUUUCUGAGUGUGCUACUGGAAUCUUAACUCACAUUUCUAAGAAUAUUUCUCUUUUUGGGAUUGGAUAAUAUUCCACGAUGAAUCUAGAGCUGCUCGAGUCCUUCGGGCAGAACUAUCCUGAGGAGGCAGAUGGCACCCUUGAUUGCAUCAGUAUGGCGCUUACCUGUACCUUCAACCGCUGGGGUACACUGUUGGCAGUCGGCUGCAAUGAUGGCCGUAUUGUCAUUUGGGACUUUCUUACACGGGGCAUUGCCAAAAUCAUAAGCGCACACAUACAUCCAGUCUGUUCACUAAGUUGGAGUCGAGAUGGUCACAAGCUAGUCAGCGCCUCUACAGAUAACAUUGUGUCCCUGUGGGAUGUUCUGACGGGGGACUGUGACCAGAGGUUUCGCUUCCCCUCGCCCAUUCUCAAGCUCCAGUUCCACCCAAGAGAUCAAGACAAAGUCCUUGUUUGUCCCAUGAAGUCGGCCCCUGUGUUACUCACGCUGUCAGACUCCAAGCAUGUGGUUCUUCCUGUGGACGACGACUCCGACCUUAACGUAGUGGCCGCAUUCGAUCGGAGGGGGGAGUACAUCUAUACAGGCAAUGCCAAAGGAAAGAUUCUUGUUCUGAACACAGACACCCAGGAUCUUGUAGCAUCAUUCCGGGUAACCACCGGGACCAGUAACACUACAGCCAUCAAGUCUAUAGAGUUUGCGCGCAAAGGCAGCUGUUUCCUCAUAAACACGGCAGACCGUAUCAUCAGAGUGUAUGACGGACGGGAGAUUCUCACCUGCGGGAGGGACGGUGAACCAGAGCCCAUGCAGAAGCUACAGGACCUGGUGAACAGGACACCAUGGAAACGGUGCUGUUUCUCUGGCGAUGGAGAGUACAUAGUGGCUGGCUCUGCCCGGCAGCAUGCCCUCUACAUCUGGGAGAAGAGCAUUGGCAACCUGGUCAAGAUCCUGCACGGCACACGUGGAGAACUGCUGCUGGAUGUAGCGUGGCAUCCGGUUCGGCCGAUAAUCGCCUCAAUUUCCAGUGGGGUCGUAUCUAUCUGGGCCCAGAACCAAGUGGAAAACUGGAGUGCCUUUGCUCCAGACUUCAAAGAGUUGGAUGAAAAUGUAGAAUACGAGGAGAGGGAAUCGGAAUUUGACAUUGAGGAUGAGGACAAAAGUGAACCAGAACAGACCGGUGCGGAUGCCGCAGAGGAUGAGGAGGUGGACGUCACGACGGUGGACCCCAUUGUGGCUUUCUGCAGCAGCGAUGAGGAGCUGGAGGACUUUAAGGCCCUGCUGUACCUGCCCAUUGCUCCAGAGGUGGAGGACCCCGAAGAGAACCCUUUCGGCCCCCCGCCUGACGCUGCGGGUCAAACCUCCGCCGCCGAAGAUGGGACUGUACACACGGGCUCGGGAGACAAGAAGCGCCAGCCAUCAUCAGACGGAGCUCCGCCGAAGAAGAAGGCACGGACCACCACCAUCGAGCUGCAGGGCGUGCCCAGUGACGAGGUGCACCCGCUGCUGGGUGUGAAGGGCGACGGCAAGUCUAAGAAGAAGACAGCGGGUCGGCCGAAAGGCUCCAAAGGUAAAGAGAAAGAUUCCCCCUUUAGGCCCAAGCUCUACAAGGGGGACAGGGGGUACCCUCUGGACGGAGCGGGCAUGGGCGUGGGCAUGAAGGGCAGAGCAGAGGCAGGCCUGGCAGCAGCAGGUAAUCUUGUUACACCAUCCUACAAACAGCAUGAUGUCCAGGGCUUGGACUGAUGAGGAAGAAACAGCGCCCCCUAGUGUUUUGGAGGACUUUUCACCCUCAGGAGUGCAGGAGCCAUUUUGUGACUUGUCCGCUGCCUCUGCUGAUCUUCACCGCACAGUGGCAGCAGAGGGACAUGAAAGCCUCACGGCAACAAUCUCCACGGCAACGCUGCUACCCGAGUGAGGUGGUGGUGGUGAUGAUGAUGAGACAUUUCUGUCAUUUGGUUUCCAUUUUGUGCGUUUCCUCCAUUGGAUUCCAUUUUGUAUCCUUUCUGUUUGUUUUGUUCCUUUUGUUUUGGAUAUAUGAGUGGACUCGAGUAGACUAGUGAAUAAAGGCAACCAUAUUUCCUGUGGUGUUUGAACCCUGUUGAUCAAUUUGUAGAAACUGUUUGGUUAAAUAACAAUAAACCAUGAGGAUUUUUCACUCACCAGUUAAACCAGGUUUCUAUGAAUUGAAGUAAUGGACAGCUAAACGCGGCUUGUGGGGAAACUAACAGCACGCCAGCCUGUGAAUAGCACAGUGCAUAGACAAGUAUGAUCAUAUAACAGGCAGUUAGUUGAUGGGCGCAAAUGACAGUAUACUGGUGAAAUGUCGUACAGAUGGUAGUAAAUGUGGUAUUACAGCUGGCCAUCUUUACGCCUGUCUUGAUAUGUCGCCUCAGUCCUCAUCAACAUGCCUCACUGGCACCUCACAGAGCUUUUUAUGGUUACACAACCAUAUAUCUGGCAUCCUGCUCCAAAUUACAUUUCCUGGUCAAAGUCUUAAAUACUGUAUAUGUCCCUGAAUAACAUCCUCAUUUUAAGCUAAAGCAGAAGAGAGAUACGGUGUGUAGUUAACGUAAAAGGUGUGGAAUAUUAUUUUUUAAAGUUUUUCUUAAUAUUUGUAAACCCGCCACUGUUAAAUAAGUGGUGUUGAAGUCGAUCUUUUUUUUGCUGUUGUUGUAACUGCUGGUGGCCUGAAAGGCUUAUAUUGAAUUUUGUUAGGUCUUCUUAACCUAUCUUUUGUGUUCACAAAAAGAUUUGAAAAAUAAAGAAUAUUUUUUUACGUAA